GGCGGAACCCGAGGGCGGCGGCAGCGGUUUCCCUUGAACGAGCCGGGGAAUCUGGAGAGAGCACACAGGAAAGGCAGAGCCGCGAGCUGGACCAGCCGUGCAAAUCUCUAGAAGAUGACGGUGUUCUUUAAAACGCUUCGAAAUCAUUGGAAGAAAACUACAGCUGGGCUCUGCCUGCUGACCUGGGGAGGCCAUUGGCUCUAUGGAAAACACUGUGAUAACCUACUAAGGAGAGCAGCCUGUCAAGAAGCUCAGGUGUUUGGCAAUCAACUCAUUCCUCCCAAUGCACAAGUGAAGAAGGCCACUGUUUUUCUCAAUCCUGCAGCUUGCAAAGGAAAAGCCAGGACUCUAUUUGAAAAAAAUGCUGCCCCGAUUUUACAUUUAUCCGGCAUGGAUGUGACUAUUGUUAAGACAGAUUAUGAGGGACAAGCCAAGAAACUCCUGGAACUGAUGGAAAACACAGAUGUGAUCAUUGUUGCAGGAGGAGAUGGGACACUGCAGGAGGUUGUUACUGGAGUUCUUCGACGAACAGAUGAGGCUACCUUCAGUAAGAUUCCCAUUGGAUUUAUCCCACUGGGAGAGACCAGUAGUUUGAGUCAUACCCUCUUUGCCGAAAGUGGAAACAAAGUCCAACAUAUUACUAAUGCCACACUUGCCAUUGUGAAAGGAGAGACAGUUCCACUUGAUGUGUUGCAGAUCAAGGGUGAAAAGGAACAGCCUGUGUUUGCAAUGACCGGCCUUCGAUGGGGAUCUUUCAGAGAUGCUGGCGUCAAAGUUAGCAAGUACUGGUAUCUUGGGCCUCUAAAAAUCAAAGCAGCCCACUUUUUCAGCACUCUUAAGGAGUGGCCUCAGACUCAUCAAGCCUCUAUCUCAUACACGGGACCUACAGAGAGACCUCCCAGUGAACCAGAGGAGACCCCUGUACAAAGGCCUUCUUUGUACAGGAGAAUAUUACGAAGGCUUGCAUCCUACUGGGCACAACCACAGGAUGCCCUAUCCCAAGAGGUGAGCCCAGAGGUCUGGAAAGAUGUGCAGCUGUCCACCAUUGAACUGUCCAUCACAACACGGAACAAUCAGCUUGACCCGACAAGCAAAGAAGAUUUUCUGAAUAUCUGCAUUGAACCCGACACCAUCAGCAAAGGAGACUUUAUAACUAUAGGAAGUCGAAAGGUGAGAAACCCCAAGCUGCACGCCGAGGGCACGGAGUGUCUCCAAGCCAGCCAGUGCACUUUGCUUAUCCCGGAGGGAGCAGGGGGCUCUUUUAGCAUUGACAGUGAGGAGUAUGAAGCAAUGCCUGUGGAGGUGAAACUGCUCCCCAGGAAGCUGCAGUUCUUCUGUGAUCCUAGGAAGAGAGAACAGAUGCUCACAAGCCCCACCCAGUGAGCAGCAGAAGACAAGCUCUGAGACCACACUUUAGGCCACCGGUGGGACCAAAAGGGAACAGGUGCCUCAGCCAUCCCAACAGUGUCGUCAGAGGGUCCCCAGGGCAUUUUCAUGGCAAGUACCCCUCUGCCCCGACUCCAGCAGUGCUUCCCAAAGUGUGCUCUGUCACCUGCUUUGCAAUCAGCUUCCUUUAGCGCAUGUUUUAUUUUGGUGUGACGGUCGGCCCUCCUAAACACGGACUUUUCUCAGGCUGGUUCAAGAUGGAAAUGGACUUUCUUGUUUUAUUCCAAAGUACAACCACAGUGGGGAGCCCACAGUGGGCUUGGCCUGCCUAGGCCCUUCCAUUUCUGUUCUUUGACCGUGCUAGGAAUUCCAGGAAAGUGCAUUCCUUCCCUGGUGACCUUUUCCUAUUUCUAGGCUCCUCCACGGGUGCUGCUGUUUUGUGAGCUCUGGCUCCUGUUUAGCUUUUGUUUCAGUUCUAUCCUCAGUCCAGAAACGUAUGUGAGGUUGUUUCCCUCUUCAACCAUGGCUACAAUACUGGAAAAUGCUAGUUUUUAUUUUUUUAAGCAGUGCUUCCUAAAUGGUUUGCAUGAGAGCCACCUGGGGUACGUGUUGAAAAUUGGUUUAUUUGGGGUCCACCCCAAACCAAAUAACCCAAAUUUGGGGAUGGGACCCAGGAAUAUGCAUUUUUAAAGUCACCCACCCUUCCCAAGUGAUUCUGUAAGUUGUCCCUCAACCGUACUUGGAGAAAUAAGUUUUAAAGCAGUGGCCCACAAAGCAUUCUGCUCUUGUGCCCCCAAAAGUAUUUUGAAAAAUCAUGUAUCCCCUCACCCAUCUAAGUUGACAUCUAAAAUUUUUCAUGGAAAGUUAAAUAGUUGACAAAGUAUGUAUUUGCUGGUGUCGUGUAAAUAUUGGUAUUUUAAAAUAAAAACUGUUACAUCACUAUUUUAAACAUAUCCAGUACAAUUUAAAUAUCACAACAAUUUGACACCCUUCAUUCAUUUCUAAAAAUAAAUGAGCUAGUUCUGUAGUAGUUGAACAUUUCAAAUUGGCUUUUCUCCUUCUGUAUUUCCAUACCACCUCUCAGCCAAGAAUCCUAUCAUAAUGUAAUCUAUUAUGCCUGACAUCUUUUAAUCAUUCACCCCAUUAUCUUGUCAACAAAAAAUAUAAAUGGAAUAAGUUUUUUUUAGCUCUUAAGUGUUUGUUAGCUCAGUCCAGAACCAAUGUUAUCGUAAUUACUGGUAUAUAAUGAAAACGGUAUUAAUAUAAUUCUUUGAUGAUUAAAAGUUGUUUUAUUAGAAUGUUCUUUAUCCUAAUUAGUUCAUUUAUCCUAGAAUACAUGAAUGUGAUUUACAGCUGAGAUGGGGUUCAACCUCAGCUGUAUUCCUUGUUUCAUUUCUUUAUAAAUAUAAGCACAUAAAUUCCAUGGAAUCAAAUUACGUUAACAAUGUUAUACAGUUCUUUGGAUUCCUUUGGAAUUUUGACAAAGAUCACAGUGCUCUGUCAUCAAGAAUUAUUAAUGAUGAUCUAUCAACUAACAACUUGAUUAGAUUAUCCUUUAGUCUGUUGAAAGCAGAGAACUAAAAUCCACCUGAUUUGCCAAGGCUUUGCCAGCCAGUCACUUUUACUACCGCUGAUAUUUUCCUUUGUUCAGUGCCCCUGAGGUUCUUACACUCUAGGGGGCAGUGCACCACAGGAAGAUCAAUGAGGGAGGAUUGCGAGGGGGAUGGAAGCAGAGCUGGCAGGCCUUAGCUACAGGCUCACUCUCAGGCAGAUCCCUUUUAAGAUAGAGUACAUACACCAUGCCCACACAUCCCAUGGAGAGAGACCAAUGCUUUAGUAGAUUACAGAACAGCUAUGAAAAGUCCAUGAAUGAAGAUCACAAAAAGGAAGGCUUAUUUCACACUGUAUUCUUCAAGGUGGUAAAAAGUUCUGCUUUUAGUAAAAACAUAACAGAUGGUUCCAAACAUCAGCAUAAAGAUCACUCCUCCCAUACCACCCACAGGUAGGGAGGAAGGAUGCUGUGGUAUAUGAAAACAAGUUUUCACCUGAGCUGAGAGCAUUUAGCAUAUCCUGGUUCUGUAACAGUAUCAAGGACCAGUGCAGAAUCUGGCUUUGUGCUCUGAUAGGCUACCAGUGUGUGUUUAUGUGUGCUCAUUUUGUGGUUCUAAUCAUAAUGGUACAUAUAAUUAGGGAAGGAUAUGGAAGCCACUUUAGAAUCUUAUUCAUUUUUAAAUAUAAAUAGGCCUUGUUUCAAA